AUGAAAGUGUUUAUACUUAUUUCGCUGUUUGCCCUUUCGUGCCAUGCCCAGCAUCAGCACCAACAUCAGCAUCAGCAUCAUGCACACCUAAAUGCUAACAAUAUUCCGCGCGAUGAGAAACCUGAUCAUCGUCAUGAGGAUCUACGCGAGACGAGCACCUGGAUACCCAUACUGAAGUACAACAAGGAGCAGAGUGAGGAUGGCAGCUACAAGACCGAAUACGAGACCGGCAAUAACAUAAUACACGAGGAGACGGGCUUCCUCAAGGAUUUCGAUACCAAUCCCCAUGGCGUUUUAGUGCAGCAUGGCCAAUACUCAUACCAAUCGCCGGAAGGAACCUUGGUCAAUGUGCAGUACACAGCCGACGAGAAUGGCUUCCGUGCCACUGGAGAUCACAUACCAACACCGCCAGCCAUACCCGAGGAGAUACAAAAGGGCCUGGACCAGAUCUAUGCGGGCAUCAAGCUGCAGCAGGAGCGCCUGGAGCAGCGCGCCAAGAAUGAUCCCAGCUUUGCCAAGAAGCUGGAGGAACGGCGUGUGGCCAAUCAGAACGGCCAAUACAUUGGCCUGCUGGAGAAUCAGUAG